UUUGAAUUCGUAUUGAUUAUUUGUUACAAUACGAUGAGUUGUUUUUUAACAUUUAAGUGCAUUCUCUGUAUGUGGAUUCCCAGUCAAUAAUACAACUGCUUUGACAAUAACGGAUACGAACCUUCAUGGAUUCACCUGUUGUGUAAACAACUUUAGCUGCACUAUAAUCGAGGAGCUGUCUAUCCUUUAGAUGACAAUAGUAUCUUCAUUAGAAGAUAUCCGUCCACUUUUAUCUUAUGCCAUGGCGUUUUAAGAAACUCGGAUUGCUUCCCGAAAUCAUACGUUUCGUAGUUGUAUUUGAAGCAGCUGUGUUUUAAUAAUUGGUGAAAUGCAUACUAAUGUGGAUCCAGAGAAAGUAAAGACUGGUAACGUUAGACUUCCACGACCGAAUGACCUUAAAUUAACCUACGACACGCCGUUCGUUGAGAGCGUUACAAAUAAGAAGUUACAUAUAGGCAUCAGACAGUGAGUCUCAUAAAAUACUUUAAAAACACCCUCAUUAUUCCAAAGGUUUUAGUCUCUUACAUGUGUAUUGUAUCAAUUACUGUCUUUGCAUUUAUUGUCAUUCUCAUCGGAAAAAUGGCUCCCAAUUCGAUAUCUAACAUGGUUGUUCUGAUGCCACAUUUCAUGUUACAGCAUGCUACUACAACGCUCGCACAUUAUUACGAGUUAAACAACAGUCGGGUUUGAUCAAAACACCAAAAAGCCUCUCUUCAUUUUCAGACCUGCAUGCAAAAUUUCAGUAACGUGUUCCCAAUAACUUCAGUUCGAACAAUGCAUUACAUGCAUUUAUCUGGGGACCGUGCUUCCCAGUGGAUGUCGGUGUUGCACUAGGUAUUAGAGCUGAGGCCUAGUUACAUAACUGAGUGCCCAUUAGAAGUCGGCUACGCAGCUAUUUUAGGCUGUCUUAGAAGAAAAGCAGCUGACCAGAGGAUCAUUACCUAGACUCUGGUCAUGCUUUAGCAUAUUCCGCGUUUCUCCUGCGUCCUGAUGGUAGUCCUAGACAGAUUGAGAGCCCACAAAGACCCUCAGAGUGCCGCGCGUAUAAGUGAUUUACCAUAUCAGUAUACUUUAAUCCAUACCAUAGUACUCUCUGAUAAGUUAAAAUUGGUUUGUCAAACGCAACGGAGGUCCAGAAGAAGGUAAUCAAGCCUCAUAAGGCAUCUGACUCAAUUGACAGCAUUACUUAAAGAUGAUGACCACUCAGGAAACUAAGUAAAUUGUUUGGGAAGGUAUGGGAAUAAGAAAAUAUCGCGGAAAUGUGAGAGGACAUAAUCAUGCUUACCUUCGCAAGGAUGUAUUCGGGGCGUGUGGUAAUCAUUCGGAUAUUAGUCUGUUGUCAGGCUACUGUCGUCGUUAUUUCUUGAGAAGUAAACUGGGUUUUUAUUUAGGUUAUUAAGGCGUCGAUCUCGUAUUCAUCCUGUGCUAGUUGUUAGAACACUAUCACGUGUGUUACAGACCAACUCGUUGCUUUUUAAAUGAGAAGCCUUUGAUUCUUUAGACAUGGCUAUUACAUUGAAUUUUAUGUUCGAGAGGUGUUCCCUUAAUGACAGUGUUCUGAAAGCUUUAUACAGAAUCAAAUUCAACCACCGAUUAACAACUUUCUAAAUAAGCAAUAGCGUUAUCCACCUUCGCUACUUGUUGCUAAUGAUAUUCUGAAGGAUAUAUAGUUGCGAUUAAAAUGUACUACCUCGAGAAGUACAGAGUCGGUAUUAUCACAGUGUGGUAUCUUAUAGACUACACAAACUUGACGAACUCGGACUGCCACUGUAUAUGAUCAGUUGUCUCUAUAGAGCUACCUACAUCUAUGUCUUCAUUUUUAUCUCUCAACUGUUUUGUUUCUCUUUUCUUUACAAUGUUGUAAUUGUAUUUUGUGUUGCUCAUAUCUUGAUGCCUAUACUGUACUAAGUUUGUCCUAAUUAAGUACGUCACCACUUUGGGCGGUUUUGAGCCAGUUCAUCAAGAGACUGUAGACACCGACUUUUACCAUUUCUAGGAACUGAAUAUUUAUUUUUAUCAGUGGAACUCUAUGUCCUGUUCAUCAAGGUAUACACUACAUUCAUUUUUCAGACCAAUUCUCGGUGUGUGCAUACUUGAGAAAUAUUGAAGGAAUUAAACUCUGUUGUUUCAUUUCCUUUUACUUAUAUUAGCUAAAUUUGUUAUGUAAAAUCUGGACGUCUAGAUUGUAUGGCUGUCACGUCUGCAUGUUUCUGCUAUAGAUUUCUAACCAAUCCAAAGCUAUCUUCCGAAGUUCACUCACGCCCUUUGGGUUUUAAACAGUAAUGACCACAUACAGGUCUAUACAUUAGGUUUUAAUCUAUUUGCACUGGUUUACGAUGUCAUGUCAUCUCUACUUCAUGUUGUACACUGUUAUUGAUUUAUUGGGUGUUUGGACUUGAUCUUAGCUUCUUACACCUACGUCUAAAGAACACCCUUAGCUGUAUUAUCAUAUUCCAUGUAAGUUACCCAUAGAGAGCAGUGUGGGGGAAGUUGGUGCAUACAAAUUAGUUUGCACUGGUUGACUAUAGGAAAUUAGGUAAAAGACCUAAAACACGUGCUACACAUGCCGAGCCAUCGUCUUCCUCGUCAAGCAAUGUUAGCUGAUAUACGAUGAGGUUAGAGAAGAGGGUGUUGUCAACGCGAGAUUUGGAAUCAGUCUAUGUGGCUUAUAAAAUGGGGCUACUGAAAGAGCUGCACUUUUAUGUAAAGUUCCACGUUGAAAAUCUGGCCAGUCUCCGGAAUUCGCACCACCUGUAAUCUAUUCACAUUUGAACACGAAAUGAUUCUACUUGUUUCCCUCGAACCUAGGUCAGUUAUUCCAUGAGGGCGAGAUGAUUGGUAUCAGGAAAGAAUCAGAGGUACAUCUUUUGUUUUAAGGACUUCAUUUAUUUAUAACUGACUUCCAACGCCUACUUUGUUAAAUUAUCAUAAACAUCUUGGUUGACCCCAAACCUUUUUCAGCUUUUUUUCUUAAUUUCCUGCUUAGAAUCAUAGCCUGUUAGAAACCUAUACUUUCCGCAUUUCACCUCUUGUAGUAGCUUUACUUCAUCUCAUAUGUUCCAUCUCGUAUUCACCUGUGCACCUCUUGAGUUUCUUUCUGUUCGUUUUAGAUUACUGUUGUGAAAUCUUCUAUAAGUUCCAAUUUAAUCUUUUCAUCAACACUAAUUCUAAAUGGAUCAAACUGUGGACCAUGCGCUUAUAGAAAGUGAACGCGAGUACGUGGAAUUCCUAGAUGAAACGGAUGAAUACAAAGAUCGUAUUAACUCCCUUAUCACUCGUGAUGCCAUUCGCUUGAUGAUUAAUGUCAACGAUUUGCGUCGUCAAAAUGCUGAAAGAGCUAACAAGCUUCUAACUAAUUCCUGCUCGGAAAUAGUCGCUUGUCAGAGAGCAGUUAAAAAGUGUAUACAAAAUGCAAAUCCAGAUUUUGCCAAGACAAAGCAUGAAUUCUUUGUGGGUUUCGAAGGAAGUUUUGGUCCUCGUCACGUCACACCUCGCACACUUAGUUCUAAACUUCUAGGAAAUAUGGUGUGUUUAGAAGGCAUAGUGACCAAGGCAUCAUUAAUUCGACCUAAAAUUGUAUGCAGUGUACAUUACUGUCCAGCCACAAAAAAGACCAUUGAACGUCGAUAUGCCGAUUUGUCAAGCCUCGAACCAUAUCCAUCAUCUGGCGCAUACCCAACCAAAGAUGAUGAGGGAAAUUUGUUGGAAACUGAAUAUGGACUAUCGGUUUACAGUGAUCACCAAACUGUCACGAUACAGGAAAUGCCGGAAACUGCACCAGCAGGUCAGUUACCUCGUUCUGUCGAUGCAUUAUUAGACAACGACUUGGUUGAUGCUGUUCAACCCGGUGACCGUGUACAAAUCGUGGGUUAUUACCGAUGCUUGCCAGGAAAGAAAAAUGGUUUUACUACUGCCAGUUUUCGUACUGUAGUUAUCGCAAACAAUGUGCAAUCCCUCAGCAAGGAGACUGGCCCAAGCUUUUCAGAGAAAGACAUUAGUAUGAUGAGACUGAUUUCAAAGAGAAAUGAUGUGGUGAAUCUUUUGACUCGUUCCAUUGCACCAUCGAUUUAUGGUCAUGAACAUAUAAAAAAGGCGAUUCUUCUACUACUUUUGGGAGGUGUUGAACGUCAACUUGCCAAUGGUUCUCGUAUUCGUGGUGAUAUAAACCUUUUGUUAAUGGGUGAUCCAUCAGUGGCUAAAUCACAAUUUCUACGCUUUGUUCUUCAUAUUGCACAUCGUGCUAUCGCCACCACUGGUCGUGGUUCAUCAGGAGUGGGUUUAACUGCUGCAGUUACGACGGAUAUGGAAACAGGUGAACGUUCCCUUGAAGCUGGUGCCAUGGUACUGGCUGAUCGAGGCAUUGUUUGUAUUGAUGAGUUUGAUAAAAUGUCAGACAUUGAUCGAACGGCUAUCCACGAAGUUAUGGAACAGGGACGAGUAACUAUUUCUAAGGCUGGUAUCCAGGCUAAAUUAAAUGCUAGAUGUUCAGUUUUAGCAGCAGCGAAUCCUGUUUACGGUAAAUAUGAUCAAUACAAAACACCGAUGGAAAAUAUUGGUCUCCAAGAUUCUUUGUUGUCUCGUUUCGACUUACUCUUCAUUGUAUUGGAUAAAGCUGAUCCAGAAUCUGAUCGUUCCAUUGCUGAACAUGUUCUUAGAAUCCAUCGGUAUAGAAAUCCAGGGGAACAAGAAGGAGAAGCCUUACCGUUACAGUGCGCUACUCAUUUGUUGACCACAGGAGCUGAUCCACUUUCUGCUGGACCUCCAGAUGAUCAUGAUGAAGAUGUUGAGCUUGACGGUACGCGUAGGCAAGAAGAGGAUCAAGUGUAUGAACAACAAAAUGAGUUCCUCUUACCUUCUCAUGGUCGAAAACAGGAUCAACUUACUAUGAAGUUCCUGCAAAAAUAUAUUCACGUAGCACGACAACUCAAGCCUCAGUUAACCAAAGAAGCAGCAUCUAUUCUGGCUGAAAAAUACUGUGACCUACGAGCUCAAGAAUCAUCUGAAGGUAUCGGUCGACCUGGACGUGGUGAUCAAAAUCGUAUGCGUCGUACUCAACCAAUAACAGCACGUAGUUUAGAAACAUUAAUUCGUUUAUCCACUGCUCAUGCUAAAGCUCGUAUGUCUAAAACGGUAACUAAAAAGGAUGCAGAAGCCGCUGUCCAACUAAUAUCAUUUGUUUUGUUUAAAGAAGUACUUGAGAAAGUUCGACGUAAACGUGAUCGUAAUGCAGAUGAUGACAAAGACUCGGACGAUGAAAAUGGUAACGAAGAGGAUUCUGAACACACAGCCCCACAACAACCUCCGAAACGAAGGCCUGGUGAUACAGAAAGUGCUUCUGCUCCUGAUCCCAACGAUCCAUAUGCCUUUGCAGAAGACCCUCGCGUAACUAGAACUGAACCUUUGGCAGAAACUGUUCCUAUAUCUUCAGCUUUGCAUCAAGAACGCACAGAUCAGAUAUCAACAAUACUUAGUCGAGUAUUUCAGGAACGCCGUGUCGAGCAGUUGACUGUACCUGAGAUAAUCACUGCUGUACGAUCUCAAAACUCUGGAUUUAGUCAGUCGGAUAUUCGAGCUGCUUUGGAGUCUAUGCAUAAAAAUAAUCGUAUUAUGCUUGCAGGGGAUGAUGUUUGGCUCAUUUGAAUUUCAAGACAAAUAUGGACUAUUCUUAAGAUUUUUGUUUACUGUCUUAAUAUAUAUGAGAUAAUUUUAACUCUACAGAUUUCAUAUAAGUGUAUUUAUACAAGCAAUACUAUUUUUAUUGUUAAUUCAUAAUACAUGUUUCACGCGUAUAUAUAAAU